CUUUUGAAGAACCUUUUUCCAUUGUUAACGCCGUCCUUGCAACAAAAAUACAUAUUUACUCUUCUAGCUGCAGCUACACUCAAAAGUUCAGUGUUCAGCCAACUCUGCUCCGUUCCUUCUCCUUAUAAAAUCCGGGUCAUAAUAAUUCGUCGCAACUUUGAAACUUACAGAACAAUUAUUUUUAAGGCCAAGAAGGAAUAAUUCCAAGGAGGGGAAUCUCUAUAAUCUGUGUGGUAACGGAAACAAGUAAUGGCACAAAAAUCUCCUGUACAAGGUGCAACCGUCCUUACUGUGGAGCAUUUACGAAAAUCAAAGCUGAUCUUUUUGUGGCUACGGUACCCAGUCAGGAGAGAGCUGGAAACAUUUUUUCCGGAAAUUCAUUUUAACUCAAAGUCGAUUGAGCAAAUGCGGAAAUGGUUUUCAAAUUUUAGGGAAUUCUUUUACAUCCAAGCUGAGAAGAUUGCUCGUCAGAUCGGUUGUACUGUCCCUCUGAUAUCCGUAGACGAAAUUUUGAUCCACACCGAUUCAAGCGUUAUGAGUGUAGAUUUUCGAAAAUUUUUUGAUCCACUCACCAUCCUGGAAGAAUUUCCGGCAUGGUUCAUUGCAUCAUUUCAAUGUUGUGUGCGAGCCUUCUACGAGGUCAUCACGUCUGACAGGGAUGGACAGGACGGUUGGAAAAAACCUAUAUACAAGAUGGUGGCGAACCGUGACGAUCACAAUGUUCCAGACUGGAUAGUGAAUUCCAGUUGUGUAGGGAGAAAUCUGACGGAAAUUGUGUCAUUGGAGACAAACAUGUCGGUGUUGUCGGUCUCUCCUGCUGACGACUCUAACUUCAGCACUACUUAUUGCAGCGUCAUGUAAAAAAAAAUAUUACUCAACUGAAAAUGUCAGUGCAUAUUAACAAACACUAGUGCGAGCAGUAGGAUAAGUUACUACAUAUUUAUGUGUCUACUUAUUUUCCUACGUCGACAAUGUUCCCAUGAUCUUGUGUAAAGUUGUGUAAAGCAAAAUAAAUAUUUGGUCGAAUGUUC